AUGUCUAUUGAAAAGGGUCUCCACAUGAACACUGGCAAUGGCGAAUCCAGUUAUGCAAAAAACUCUUAUCUUCAGGAAUCUGGACUACAGAGAGCACUGCCUACAAUACAUGAAGCUAUAAAUCAGAUAGCUAAUGAGCUUCAUGGUUUCCCACGGUGUUUCAAGGUAGCCGAUCUAGGCUGCUCUUCCGGACAAAACACCUUAUUCGUCGUAUCAAACAUUAUUGAUAAAGUCCAUAGUACGUGUAAACGAAACAAUUUUGACGUGCCACAAUUUCAGGUGUUCUUAAACGAUCUAUUUGAAAAUGACUUCAAUAUCAUUUUCAGAUCACUUCCAACAUUCUAUACAAAACUGAAGAAAUGUAGCCCUUGUUUCGUUUCUGCUGUUCCUGGUUCCUUUUAUGGUAGACUUUUUCCAAACGAAAGCAUCCACCUUUUCCAUUCCUCUUAUUCCGUUCACUGGCUUUCUCAGGUACCUCAAGGCCUUGAAAACAACAAGCUUCAUAUAUACAUGUCAAAAACAAGUCCAUCAAAUGUGUUUAACGCUUAUCGGAUGCAAUAUCACGAAGACUUCACAGAAUUUUUACGAAUGCGUUCUCAAGAAGUAAUAAGUGGAGGGCGUAUAGUUAUAACGAUUCCAGGUCGGAGUAUCAUCGAUCCAACUAGCGAUGAUUGCUGCAUUAUUUGGGAGCUUCUAGCCAGAUCACUUGUUGAUAUGGUCAAAGAGGGACUGAUACAAGAAUCUGAUAUCAACUCGUUUAAUAUUCCAUAUUAUACACCAUUUGAGGAUGAGGUUAGGGAUGUUAUUCAAGAAGAGGGGUCAUUUGUCCUAGGUAGCUUGAACAGUUUUGCACUUAAUUGGGAGCCAUACAACACAACUAACCCGAUACGUGGAAAAAAAACUGCAAAGCUCAUAAGAGCAGUCAUUGAGCCAAUGAUGGCAGCUCAUUUUGGAAAUUCCGCAAUGGACAUGGUAUUUAACAAGUAUGAAAAGCAUCUGACUGAUCAUCUAGCUACCAAGAAAGGGAUGAACUUCAGUUUAGUCAUUUCUUUGUCUAAGCAAGUUGUUCCUGUGAGAAAUCUGUGA